AUCACAGCUACACCUUCACCCAUUACACAACAACCAACCCCAUACAUUCACCCGAACCACCGCAUCUGCUCCGCCUGUCGCUUCCACCCGGAUUCAUUCGCACUUCCACCACACGCAUAGUCCCAACACCAUCUUGGCCGCCUGACAGUCGCCGCCUACACCGUCAACAUGCCUUCAGCCACAGGCCAGUCCUGGGAGAAGUACCAGAAGAACUUCGCCGACGACGAGGUUGAGGAGAAGAAGAUCACACCUCUGACUGACGAGGACAUUCAGGUGUUGAAGACAUACGGAGCGGCACCCUAUGGCGCUGAACUCAAGAAGCUGGAGAAGGAGAUCAAGGACAAGCAACAGACGAUAAACGAGAAGAUUGGCGUCAAAGAAUCAGAUACCGGUCUCGCACCUCCACAUCUCUGGGAUAUCGCCGCCGAUCGCCAACGGAUGCAAGAAGAGCAACCACUUCAGGUCGCACGAUGCACCAAGAUAAUACAGGACGAGAAGGAUUCAGAGAAGAGCAAAUAUGUCAUCAACGUCAAGCAGAUCGCCAAGUUCGUCGUCAACCUCGGAGAACGCGUCUCACCCACCGAUAUCGAGGAGGGCAUGCGGGUAGGUGUCGACCGGAACAAAUACCAGAUCCUGCUUCCCCUACCGCCAAAGAUCGACCCUUCGGUUACUAUGAUGACGGUCGAGGACAAGCCUGAUGUCACUUAUGGAGAUGUUGGAGGUUGCAAAGAGCAGAUUGAGAAGCUACGAGAAGUCGUCGAGAUGCCGCUGCUGUCACCAGAGCGCUUCGUCAACCUUGGUAUCGACCCGCCCAAGGGUGCUCUUCUCUACGGUCCCCCUGGAACCGGAAAGACGCUUUGCGCCCGAGCUGUUGCCAACCGAACCGACGCCACCUUUAUCCGAGUCAUCGGAUCCGAGCUUGUUCAGAAAUAUGUUGGAGAGGGAGCGAGGAUGGUGCGCGAGCUGUUUGAGAUGGCGCGAACAAAGAAGGCGUGUAUCAUCUUCUUCGAUGAAAUCGAUGCCGUUGGUGGCGCUCGUUUCGACGACGGUGCUGGAGGCGACAACGAAGUGCAGCGUACUAUGUUGGAACUCAUUACACAACUUGAUGGUUUCGACGCUCGCGGCAACAUCAAGGUCAUGUUCGCGACCAACAGACCUUCAACCCUCGACCCUGCCCUCAUGCGUCCGGGACGUAUUGACCGAAAGAUCGAGUUCUCGUUACCCGACAUGGAAGGUCGUGCCAACAUUCUCCGUAUCCACGCCAAGAGCAUGAGUGUAGAGCGCGACAUCCGUUGGGAGCUCAUCUCUCGUCUCUGUCCCAACAGCACAGGUGCCGAGUUGAGGAGUGUAGCUACAGAGGCUGGUAUGUUCGCCAUCCGCAGUCGCAGAAAGGUUGCCACCGAGAAGGACUUUCUCGCCGCUGUGGACAAGGUGAUCAAAGCCAACAUGAAGUUCAACAGCACUGCAGUGUACGCUCAGUACAAUUAA